AUGACGCCCCACGAGGUGCCGCCGACGACCUGUGCAGGCGCGGCUCCUUCGAAGGCCAUCACUGGGGUCUGCAUCGCGCUGCUGCUAGUCAUGGUGACUGGGUUAGCCAUUUACUGCUGGAGACGGAGGAGGGCGCAGAAAGGUUCUUACAGCGCAGUGGAGACGCCCCCCGAGGCCCCAGCUGGGCGCAGAGACAAGACGCGCGGCGAGGACACGGUGCUGAUGGGGACUGACGGGGUCAGCGAUGCCGGGGAGGGGUCUGAGCAGCAGCCGCUGUUACCUGCUCAGGGCCGGGAGCAGAGCGAGACACAGGAGCAGGACGGGGCGCAGGGCACAGCAAGUUCCAAUUUUUCUGGAUCAAAAGCAUCUGACGUGGGGACAAGGGCGUCAUCCUGGAACACACAGAAAGAUCCAGAGUCAGAGGGGGAGCUGGGAGCCCGGGAUGAGGAGGGAGAGGGGGCAGCCUCCUCACAGGCACAGCUGGCAGCACAGGUGGCAUUUCCAGCCCAGCCCAGUACAGCUGUGGAAGUAGAAGACAUGGCUCUGAAGCAGCACAGCCAACAGAAGGCGCUGCUCAGCAGCCAGCACAUCAGGGAGGGGACAACUGGAUCCAGGAGCGAGCUCGGCAGGGAGGGGACGACUGGACCCAGGGACGACUGGACCCAGGAGCGAGCUCGGCUGGGCGGGGACGACUGGACCCAGGAGCGAGCUCGGCUGGGAGGGGACGACAGGACCCAGUCUCGAGCUCGGCGGGGAGGGGACGACUGGACCCAGGAGAGAGCUCAGCGGAAGGGGACGACUGGACCCAGUAGCGAGCUCGGCGGGAGGAGGGACGACUGGACCCAGUAA